UCUCUCUCUCUCUUCACACAAACACAAUAAAAUCGCAAGAAUUAAUUCCGAAAUCGCAAACCACAAUUUCACAAAAUACAAAGACAUGGCGACAGACAGAAGCGAAAAGAAGAGCACAAAGGCGCAGGAGGCGGAGCAGCUCCCAUGCCCGCGGUGCGACUCCACCAACACCAAGUUCUGCUACUACAACAACUACAACUUCUCGCAGCCGCGCCACUUCUGCAAGGCCUGCCGCCGCUACUGGACCCACGGCGGCACCCUCCGCGACAUCCCCGUCGGCGGCAGCACCCGCAAGAACGCCAAGCGCUCUCGCACCUCCCACGUUCCCGUUUUCUCCUCCGCUUACCACCUGCCCCCCGCCGCCGCGCUGGUGCCGUUUGCCACCGACGCCAAAUUCACUACGCUGCUCAACGCUUCUCCGGUGGGUGGGAUUGAUGAGAUGGGAUUUGGCCUGACGAGGGCGAGCUGGCCGUUUGCUGGGCCUACGUGGCAGCUGGAGACUGGAGAGACUGGCUUUGUUGGGGCCGACUGUUUUGGAUUUCCAGAUCUUGCUAUUUCCACUCCUGCAUGUUUUUUUAAAUAAAACGAGUAUUACUACUACUACUUUUUCUUUCUUUUUUUAAAUCAAGAUUACCACUAAUUUGUAGGACUAUAAUCUAUGUUUCUGUGGCAUCAAAUUUUAUUUACAAUGUGUCUACUACGAGAAUCAAUAUCUACCUUUUCCCGCU